AUGGGAAAGGUGUUCAAGCAACCCAUCAUCCACAAGAAGGGUAAAUUCCGUGCUGCCCAGAAGAAGCCUGCCAUCAAAAAGGACAAGCUCUGGAAGGACACACCGUACGUCCGAGAUCGGCUCCUGGUUGGUCCGCGUGGACAACGCAAGGACCAGGUUAAAUGGCAACGCAAUCUUCCUGAACUCCUAAUGGCGAGCAACAAGAAGGUCAUCACAAUGCUUGUGGCGGACAAGAUUUUGCCGAAAUGGAAGGGCAAGACGUGUUCCCAUUGUGAGGUUGGUAUCUUGUCCGACCUUUGUGUGGAGAAGCGCACCGGCUUGUACAAACAUCGGUGCAGCUCCCGCCAUUGCCACCAGUACGUGAGCCCGCACCACUUACAUCCGGUAUUCACGGAAGGAAAAGGUUCAGCUUCACGGAGCCUUCAGAUGCAAGCAUCUCUUCUGCUACUCAAACUUCUGCGCGUGCCACAUCCUACCAUCCACGUCCUCUUGAAUGUGAAUCACAAGGCUAUCGAAGACAUGGAGAAAAGGAUUUGCGAUCUUCGUAAAGCAUUCGUGGAAAAGCGCGAGAAAAUUGUCGUGUUUGGCGAUGGCAGGACCUGGAAAGACGUGGAAGCAGACGAAGCCACAUUUGACAGAAGGGAUAUUUCCCAGGAUGUGAACUUCAAGCACCUGGUGAUGAACAACAAAACCACUACCAUGUGGGAACAGUGGGCGGGAGUAAUCCAGCGAGGCCGCCCUGACCGGAAGGUUGUUCUUCACACGGAUGCGGCCCGGUCCUACAAGGCCAAAAUUGCAGGUGUCAUUCACGACAAG